UUACUCUACGGCGCGCUAUUUUGUCGAUCUAACCGCCCCUCGCACAAAAUUCGCUGGUUGGAUUUCUUGCUCAUUAAAACCGUAGUCGACACCACCUCGACCACCAUGUCGAACGCCGUAGCCGCCGGCGGAGACGGUGGAACGCCGCCGCCAUUCCAUCCCUACCGUCUGGCUCGAACCCUAACCGCACACACACGCGCCGUAUCCUGCGUCAAAUUCUCUAACGACGGCCGUCUGCUCGCCUCUGCCUCCCUCGACAAAACGGUUAUCAUCUGGUCCUCUUCAUCCCUCUCCCUCCUCGCCAAUCUCUCCGGCCACUCAGAGGGUAUCUCCGAUCUCGCUUGGUCCUCCGAUUCUCACUACGUCUGCUCAGCAUCCGACGAUCGCACCCUUCGCAUCUGGGACGUCCGAUCCCCAACCUUUGAAUGCGUCAAGGUCCUCCGCGGUCACUCCUCCUUCGUCUUCUGCGUGAACUUUAACCCACAGUCAAAUCGGAUCGUAUCGGGCUCCUUUGAUCAGACGAUUCGGCUCUGGGAUGUGAAGACGGGGCGGUGCGUGAGAGAAAUAGAGGCACACGAUUUACCCGUGACAUGCGCGCAUUUCAAUAAGGAUGGAUCGCUUAUUGUGUCGGGAAGUCAUGAUGGGACUUGCAAGAUUUGGGAUGUGGAUAAGGGGACUUGCCUCAAGGUUUUGAUAGAUGAUAAGGGUGGACCAGCGGUUUCUUUUGCCAAGUUCUCACCUAAUGGAAAGUUUAUACUCAUCUCCACAUUGGACAGUACCCUGAAACUAUCAAAUUAUGCUGCUGGGAAAUUUCUCAAAGUUUACACAGGGCAUGUUAACAAAGUAUACUGUAUCACAUCAACAUUUUCUGUUACAAGUGGCAAGUACAUUGUGAGUGGAUCAGAAGAUAAGUUUGUGUAUAUUUGGGACCUCCAAGGCAAAAAUAUCAUCCAGAAAUUGGAAGGUCAUAAAGAUACUGUUAUAUCGGUAUCAUGCCACCCUACUGAGAAUAAAAUUGCCUCAGCUGGCCUAGAUAAUGAUAGAACGGUCAAGAUCUGGAUUCAAGGUGCUGCUUGAAGCAUUAUUUGUUGAUAAAGUUUCUGGUUCAAAUUGUCUUCAAUUUAUGUGGAUAUUUGUGAAGGCAAACUCAAGCUUGCAUUCGGCUUAUACAACAGCUGACCUUCCGUGUAGUUUAAAUCCUAAAGAAAGCGUUCACAGGAGGAAUUUCUACAGCAUGUAAGUGUACCUCUAUGUUAGAUGAACGCCUUGAUUAUGUCUUCUUGUUGGUUAUUUAGCUGAUUUUCAAGCCUGAACAGAUUCCUGUUAUCUGAGAGUACAAAGCUGAAACAUUUGUAGAUUUAUAUUUUUCCUAGUGAAGAAGCUCUUUUGUUGUUAAAAGUUAUCUUGAAAAUAUCUUUUUUUACAUGCAUACUUAUAUUGCAAAGCAACUUCAAUCA